AUUCAAGAAGUUAGUGAGAUUGGGACGAGCCCAACCAGAAGUGGGUUGUUGAGAAAGAAAAAUUGAUCGUGACGACCACUGGGAUUGUACUAAUACAAGUUCUUGUCGCCACGCCACUCUCCGAUUCACCCCUUUCAAUCUACCCAUUACCAAAUUCAAUUGAAAGGUCUCGAGCUCUGAGAAGUGGGAGAAUAUGGCGCAAGUGAACAGCAUGAUGCAAUUGCAGGGUCUGCGUUUGAAUCCCAGAAAUCUGUCUAAACCUCAAACCCCUCUUUCUUCGCAUUCCCUUUUGUUGGGGUCGAGCAGCCUGAAGAAUUCAUCUGUUUCUGUUAAGUUCUUGAAGAGUAAUAAAGAUUCGAUUUUUACUGCCACCCGGUCGCCGUUACAGGUCCGGGCAUCGGUGGCCACCGCCAAAAAGCCAUCGAAGGCGCCGGAGGAGAUUGUGCUGCAGCCCAUCCAAGAGAUCUCCGGUACCGUCAAGUUGCCCGGCUCUAAAUCCCUCUCCAAUCGCAUUCUCCUCCUUGCUGCUCUUUCCCAGGGAACAACUGUGGUAGACAAUUUACUAAGCAGUGAUGAUAUUCAUUAUAUGCUCGGUGCAUUGAGAACGCUUGGUCUUCGAGUUGAAGAAGAUAAUGCAAUCCAGCGAGCAACUGUAGAAGGUUCGGGUGGUCUCUUCCCUGCCAGUAAGGAAUCCUCGGAUGAAAUUCAACUUUUCCUCGGAAAUGCUGGAACAGCAAUGCGACCAUUGACUGCUGCAGUUAUUGCUGCCGGUGGAAAUGCAAGAUACGUACUUGAUGGCGUUCCUAGGAUGAGAGAGAGACCAAUUGGUGAUCUUGUUGAAGGUCUAAAGCAGCUUGGAGCAGAUGUUGAUUGUUUCCUUGGGACAAACUGUCCCCCAGUUCGUGUAAUUGGAAAGGGUGGCCUUCCAGGAGGAAAGGUGAAACUCUCAGGAUCAGUUAGCAGCCAAUAUUUGACUGCUUUGCUUAUGGCUGCUCCCCUAGCUUUAGGAGAUGUGGAAAUUGAAAUCGUUGAUAAACUAAUUUCUGUUCCUUACGUUGAAAUGACUAUUAAGUUGAUGGAGCGGUUUGGGGUCAGUGUAGAGCAUAGUGAUAGCUGGGACAGGUUCUUGAUCCGGGGAGGUCAGAAAUAUAAGUCUCCUGGUAAGGCUUUCGUGGAAGGUGAUGCUUCAAGUGCUAGUUAUUUCUUAGCCGGUGCAGCUGUUACUGGGGGUACCAUCACCGUUGAAGGUUGUGGAACGAGCAGUUUACAGGGGGAUGUUAAGUUCGCUGAGGUUCUCGAGAAGAUGGGAGCCGAGGUUUCGUGGACAGAGAACAGUGUUACCGUGAAAGGACCGCCACGUUCACCUUCGGGAAGGAAACACUUACGUGCCGUUGAUGUGAACAUGAAUAAAAUGCCAGAUGUUGCCAUGACUCUUGCUGUAGUUGCGUUAUUUGCUGAUGGCCCGACAGCCAUAAGAGAUGUUGCUAGCUGGAGAGUUAAGGAAACCGAGCGGAUGAUUGCUAUAUGCACGGAACUUAGAAAGCUGGGAGCGACAGUCGAGGAAGGGCCAGACUACUGUAUAAUCACGCCACCUGAGAAACUAAACGUGACAGAAAUUGACACAUACGAUGAUCACAGAAUGGCCAUGGCGUUCUCUCUUGCUGCUUGUGCCAAGGUACCAGUGACCAUUAGAGAUCCCGGCUGUACUCGCAAGACUUUCCCAGAUUAUUUUGAGGUUCUUCAGAAGUUCUCCAAGCAUUAAAAAGGUUACCUUUACAUCCAUUUUGGAAGGUAGAGAUCUGUGUUAGUUGAAUGAGCUACUCCCAACCACCAUGUUCCUCUUAGUUAUGGUUGAACCAAAUACAAACAUGUUAAACAUCAAGAAUGUGUAUUAUGUUCUUUAUUAUUCAUGUUCCCAUAUCUGUUAAAAACUGGUCUGAACAAAGACCAUUUUGAAUCUCAAUAUUAUAUUUGGAGUUAUGGUUCUUGAUUA